AGUUUCUAUCGAUUUUUCUGAUAUAAAUAAAUUGCUGGUAAUUAAAAGCUGAAACUUUAUCUUUGGAUAUCUUGAGAUUUGUGGCAAAUGCCAAAAUGGGUUGUUGAAGCUUCACGUGUCUCCUUUGCCACAUGCGCAGUCCUCUCUUCUCCUCUUAUCUCAUCUAAUUUGUCCCUACUCUUUCGAUAAACUCAAGCAAAUCUUCAAUCCUGAGUCUUUGAACUUCAAUUAAUUUACCUGAGUUUUUCAAAUGAGUGCAAAGGAUUAUUAGUGUAUUAUGAACCAUCCUCGUUGACAAUCUUGAAUCUUCUUGUAGGGAUUCCUGAGUUUCUCUGCACCCCUUCAAAGUCAUGGCCUCCUCUGCGGCUCUUGGAAAGAAGCAGUUUAAGAGGUCUAUGACCAAGAAAUCACACUCAUGGUGGUGGGAUAGUCACAAUUGUCCCAAGAACUCAAAAUGGCUUGCAGAGAAUCUAGAGAAGAUGGAUGACCGCGUGAACCACAUGUUAAAGCUGAUUGAAGAAGACGCAGACUCUUUUGCCAAGAAAGCUCAGAUGUAUUACCAGAAGCGUCCUGAGUUGAUCCACCUUGUGGAGGAAUUUUACCGCAUGUAUCGUGCAUUGGCUGAGCGUUAUGAUCAAGCUAGUGGUGAGCUUCAGAAAAACCAUCCGUCUGGGAUGAUACAGUCACAGAGCUCUCUUGAGCAAUCAUCUCCUACCUCUCAAGAGAAGUCGAGUCGCCGUCAUAAAGAAGAGGAAGAUUCAUCAUCUUUGACAGAUUCCGGUUCUGAUUCUGAUUCUGAUUCUAAAUCGGUUCAUGAUCAUUCCUCUGCCAAUGAUGAUGAUGGUGACGAGGCAUUGAUCCGUAGGAUGGCUGAACUGGAGCUUGAGCUUCAAGAGACGAAACAGAAGCUCCUUCUCCAGCAGGAAAAUGUUAAUGGUGACAACAACAUUGAUCUCAUUCACAAAGUUACUGUAUACGAGGCAGAGCUUACAGAAGCUAAUGAAAAGAUGCGGAGGCACGAAGAAGAGAUCUCUAAGCUAAAGAUUGAGCUUAAGAGCUGCAUGUCCUCUGAAAAAGAUGCUCAACAUAGCCUUGAGAAAAAGAGACUUGAUUUGGAUAAAGAGGGAACUGAUGAAGAUGCAGGAGCUACAAAAGUGAAGGCCUUAGAGGAAGAGUUGAGUAUUGCGAAAGAGAAGCUUCAGAACUUUGCGAAAGAGACUUGUUUUCUGAAAACCGAGCUUGAGAUGAGUAAAGCUGCAGAGGAGAAGCUGCAAAGGUUACAGCAUGAGCUCGAGUUAGCUCAGAAAGACGCUGAUACCCACAUAAACAAGCUCAAUGCAGAGAAGAAAGAAGUCUUGAAGUUGCAAGAGAGAUUGGCAAUGGUGAAGACUAGUUUACAGGACAGAGAUAACGAGAUAAGGGCACUGAAAACUGCAGUCUCUGACGCUGAACAGAAGAUUUUCCCAGAGAAAGCACAGAUAAAGGGAGAAAUGUCAAAGCUGUUUGAAGAACGAAGCCAACUUGGAGAGCAACUGAGAGAGAUGGAAUCACGUGUAAGGCUGAUCACGGAAGAGAAAACCGAAAUGGAGGAGAAGCUUAGAGGAGAAUCCGAGAAGGUUAGUGUAAUGAGAGAUGAAAGGGUUGGGUUAAGAGAAGAGAUUGGGAAGAGAGAAGAUAAGAUUAAAGAAAUGGAAAAGCAUAUGAAGGAGCUUCACAUGGAGCAAGUGAGGCUGAGAAGACGGUCAAGUGAGCUUGGAGAAGAAGUGGCGAAGACAAGAGUGGCUGCAUCGGAAGUGGCUGAGCAGAAAAGAGAAGCGAUAAGACAGCUUUGCAUGUCUCUGGACCAUUACAAAGAUGGGUACGAGAGGCUUUGGAAGGUUGUUACAGGACAUAAGAGAGGAGUGGUUUUAGCAAUAUGAAGUUUGGCUAAGAGUAGUGAAAGGAACAAAAAUGACUUUGUGUUUUAUCUUUGAUCCCACUAAUGUCUAAUAUGUUGUGUUCUUUUGGGGUUAAAACUUGUUAGUUGGUAUUGUAAACAAGAGAUGAAUAAUGUAUUGUUGAUACUAAAUAGUAACAAUCAGUGGUAAUAUCAACAAUA